UUCAGGGUGCCUCCUGAAGGAGAAGGCUAAAGAGAGUCAGUGACCUCCCUGGCUCAAACAACUAACUCCUGAAGUUAACGAUCCUUAAAGGUGGCCAGAAGCACCCGGUGAUAUUCACCUGCCGUGGAGAACAUAACCCAAGUUACAGCAACCUUUAGCACGUGCCUGUGGACUGACCUGGAUUGUGUAAAGAACCUUUGGAACCGGCUGAAGGAAAGGAGGAGGACACCCCACUUUAGGACUGGGGAUUUGGCCUCUACCGUGGUGUGGCGUUCCAGUUUUCUGGAUUCUCCCGCCGGUGAGGAGGGGGCAGCUAAAGGAAGGAGUUGGGACAGCGGCAUUGAGAUCUCAAGCUGGAGAGCAUGGGCGGGAAUGGUAAAGUGGGAUGACGGAGACAGCGCGACACAAGGAAUGCCACCGCCCAGCCUGACGUCCUGACGUGCAGCUUUACCAGCCCAGUUUGCCCGGGAGAAAAGUGAACAUCAGUUAAGCCUAUAAAUGCGGGCCUCACUUCCUCUUGAGAUCAUUUUUGCUCAAUCUGGAGAUUGCCGUGCGGCUGUGGGUCGACUCCGCCGUUCACUGGCUAAGCUCUCUCAUUGGACCUAGCGGCACGAAGGACCAGCCUCUACACUCCUCUCUCAUGUCUGCGUUUCUCGGCGGUUCGAUCCGAGCCAAGUCCCGGUCCCAGCGGCUGGGCCGCAGCGCUUAGUCGGCCUGCAGGGUUGCCACGGAGAUGGGGUCCCCUCCGGGGAAGCUGGACUUCCUCUGCAAGCUGGGGUACGCUAAGGAGGAUGCCGUCAAAGUGCUGGCCAAGCUGGGGCCGAGGGCGCUGGUCAACGACGUCCUGCAGGAACUGAUUCAGAUGGGCAGCAGCCCUCGUGCCGAAGGGAGUCCCGGGCCCCAGCUCGUCGCCCGGGGCGCCUGCGGCAGCGCCGGAGCGUUGCCCAAGCAGCACCGCGGUGCCGAUCCCGAACAGGAGGCAGGGGAUACCACCGCCUCCCUGAGACCCAUCGUGAUUGACGGCAGCAACGUGGCGAUGAGUCACGGAAACAAGGAAGCGUUCUCUUGCCGUGGAAUUCAGCUGGCCGUGGACUGGUUCAAGGAGAGAGGACACACUUACAUCAAGGUGUUUGUCCCAUCCUGGAGAAAGGACCCCCCACGCUCCGAUACCCCCAUUACAGAGCAGCACGUGCUGGAGGAGCUGGAGAAACAGACGAUCCUGGUGUACACCCCGUCCCGCAGGGUGAACGGGAAGCGGGUGGUCUGCUACGACGACCGCUACAUCGUCAAGGUGGCCUACGAGAAGGACGGCGUCAUCGUCUCCAACGACAACUACCGGGACCUCCAGAGCGAGAACCCCGAGUGGAAGUGGUUCAUCGAGCAGCGGCUCCUCAUGUACUCUUUCGUCAACGACAAGUUCAUGCCUCCUGAUGAUCCCCUAGGCCGCCGUGGACCCACGCUCACCAAUUUUCUGAGCAGAAAGCCAAAGCUUCCUGAGCCCUCCUGGCAGCACUGCCCAUAUGGCAGGAAGUGCACCUAUGGUGUCAAGUGCAAGUUUUACCACCCGGAGAGACUCAAUCAAGCCCAGCUGUCGGUGGCGGACGAGCUCCGAGCCAAAACAAAGGCCUGUUCCGGCGCCGAGGAGGAGCGGCCGGUGGGCGACGGGGCGGCCAAGCCCGAGGCGGUCAGCCUGCUGCCCGGGACUCACCCGCCAGGAGCCUGGGCUUCCCAAGGAAGCAGCGGCAGCAGUCUUGGCGGCGGCGGCGGCCUGGGGCCCGGCUGGACGGAGGAGAGGUGCCGGGCGCCGGCAGCGGGCACCUGGGCGGACGGCGCCCGAGGGAGAUGGGAGCCCGAGCGGGGUUUGUCCCCGCCGUCGCACGCUGGAGAUCUCGGGCUCGUGGAACUGCAGCUGUCCCGCUUGGAGUUGAGCGACGCGGCGGCGGGCCCCGGGCGGUGCCGGCCGAGCCCCGGGACUCCUCUGGGGCUAGACGACGGCGCCCCGGGUUGCAACCGCCAAGCCCCCUUCCCUCGGAGGCCCGGCCCGGACUGCAGCUGCUUCCUCCGAAGCAGGCCCCAACCCGCUGCGGGCGCUUGCCGACGGGUCCCUCCCGGUUGGGCUCCCUGUCCCGGCCCGGCCGCCCAGGCCGACUCUUUGGUCGCCACGUGCCUCUCGUCCAAAGCAGGAGUGCCGGCUGAGCGGCGGCGGUGGCAUCGUCGCCCUCCACGGCCGCAGGUCCCGUACGGCUCCCGCGGGCUCCUGCUGGACCUGUUUUCCGGUCAGCGGCGAGCCGACGACCAGACGGGGCACGUCCAGCCUCCAGGGAUGGCCUUCUUGAAGGAGGCCAACUGGGGGCACGACCCCUCGCCUGCCGUGGAGUACGAGUACCUCGCUUCCACGGCGCCGGCCCAGGAGCGCGCCCGCACCGCUCUCUACAACCUCUUUCCCCACCAGGAGGUGGACCGGGCCAUGGCCUCGCGUCCCAACCUCAUCGACGUGACUAGUAUCAUUGAGCUGAUUCAGGAGCACGGGAGCUCGUCCCGCUUAAUGGGGACCUCCCAAGAAUAGUUCGGGGGCUGGGCGGCGGGGCGUCCGUGUGAAUGCAUUUGAAAUCCCACGGUCGCAAUCGUUUUCCUAGGACAUUUAGGGAUCGGUGUUGUCAUCCCCCACCUCGGGACGGCUGAGGCUGGAGGUAUCGUUUUUUAGAGCUUCCCCAUCAUUGAGCUGAGCUGGAAAAGGUUUUCCCUUGUGAGGCUGGGCAACAUCGGAGCGACCCCAGUCUAGUGGAUCUCGAUCUUGCUCUUACCGACUUUUCCGCAGCCUCCCAUGUAACCCCCUCCCCCCCAUUAACUCCUCAUUCCUCCUCUCUAGCCUAUUUCCCACAGGCCGUAGUUUUAACCGGUUUCCUCUUAAGUUUCCGUAGGUCAUCCCUGCACCUUCUCAUCUCCGAACCUGAGUCUCCGGAUUAUAUCGUUCAACUCCGAA